GGUGUGUGCGCCUAUCGCUUUCUGGGAGAGGCAACGGCACCCUCCUUCCACUUUGGCUCUCUUGCGCAGCUGCUCGGUUCAUUUGAGGUAGACAGUUGCCACAGAUUAUUUUUAUCUUUAUUUUCUUUUCCGUUUUGUAGUCUCUUAGCUCAUUUGUUGGCCUUGUCAGCAACAUGAGUAAGUACGCCGCACUCUUCAACAGUCACGGCACACGCAGCGACACAGCCGCCUCCACUGCUGCUGCUGCUGCUGCUGCUUCACCUUCAACGGGUACGUCCUCCCCACUCUCCUCUAGCACGAUGAACACGCCAGCAACAGCUGCAACAGCGGCUGUGGAAGACCGUCAAUCCGCAGAUAGUUCGUCUCAUUUGUCGUCUUGUUCUUCCUCUCCGCGAAAUCGCCUGGUGCGUCGACGGCGUGACGGCGGUGUUGCGAGCGGCAAUGACGCCUCCACCGCGAGCGCAUCUGCAAAUAACAGCAGCAACAUCCGCGAGGAAGGGAUAUCGCAGGAGGGUUUGUCUAGCACGUCGCCGUUGCAGACGGGAGCUUCACAAGCGCCUUCCGGCGUCAGUUUCUUUGCGCGACCCGAGAAAGAACCAGCCGCGGAAGCGGCACCGCCGCUGUUUGAAGUAGCACAAGGCCACGACGUUGAUGCACGGGAGGGUUCUCCUUCGAGACCCAACACCCUGGGAGCUUCUGCCACAGAAGACACGUUUGGCGACGCGGAAGACGACGCGCCGCAGCUCACCGAGGCGUCGCCUGCCACCAGUGCCUCCGCCGCUCCCUCUUCCUCCUCCCUCUCAGCCUUUUCGCACCCGCCCGAAGGCUUCUUCACCUGCGACGCGUGUAUGCACUUCGUCGCCUCUUCCUACCGCGACCUCGAGCGGCACGCCUUGGAGCUGCACGGCGAUGCCCUCGCCGACUACACCCGACUGCGCACCGUGGCCGAGAAGCUUGUGCCGGUGUGGUCGCAGGUGCUGGCGCGGAAACAAGAUGUCAUUCAGCGUUGGGGGGAGGAGGUGUUUCGUGUUGCGGUGCAGCGAGAUGCGGGGGCGGCGAAGAUGGCCGAGGCGCACCGCGCCCGAGCGCAGCUGGAGCUCGUCGUGCAGCGGUGGCACCCCAACGCGCGCGUCUUUAUCUUCGGCAGCUCCGUCGCCUUUGGCGUGUGGGACGGCAUGUCAGACAUCGACUUCACCGUCGUGGACGUCGCGGAGCUGGAGGCGGGGAUGUGGCCGCCAUCUGAGAAAAAUGCGGUGCGCACGAUCACGGAGCUGCUGCGCCGGGCAGGGUUUUCUUUCAUUAACUUAGAGCCGAUCAGCCACGCGCGGGUGCCGAUCAUUAAACACCACGCGUCGCUGCCGAUACAGUUGACGGCGGAGCAGCGACGGUGUCUGCGGCAGGCGGCACACGACGCUGCUGCUGCCGCGACGGGUCGUAACGGGGCAGUAGACGGGGAGUCUUCCGCGGCUCUCACAUCAACACUGCAGGCCCCUUCCUCGUCUUCGGAUAUAAGCGAAGAGGACGACACACAGCUGGAGGCGGAGUUGGUCAUCGCACGCAGUGUGCGCUACACGCUGAACCUUCCGGCGAGCGCUCUCGACAGCGCCGUGCUGGAGGCGAGCAUCCGUCUCGCCGUCGGCAGCGCCGCGGUGCAGCAGGUGUGGUGGAAUCGCACACGCGAGAUGUGCUGCAUGACCUUCGACACGACAACCAGCGCGAUGAGCGCGGCGACGUGCCCGCUGCACUUCGUCUCGGCGGGGAUGCGGGCGCGGGUGCAGCCGCUGCACGAGGAGUGCCGGCCAGAGCUAUACGGGAUGGACUUCGACUUGAGCUUUCGUGCGUUUGGCAUCCGCAAUUCGCACCUGCUGCGGCGCUACCUGCUCAGCCACCCGUGUGCGAGGCCCGGUGCGUUGGUGCUGAAGGAUUGGUCCAAGAGCAGCGGGGUCAACAACUCCAUGAACGGUUACCUGACGAGCUACGCGAUCAACAUCAUGUGGAUCUACUACCUGGUACACCACAAUGUUAUUCCGUACGUGAGCCCCACGGAGGACAUACCGGCCUCGCUGCGCGGCAACGUGUCGGGUGACCCCGAGUACGCCGCGAUGGUGGACCCGGCCUGGACGGCGGAGCAGCGCGCCGCGAUGCAGGCGCAGGCCGGGGAGCUGCUGCUCGGCUUCUUCUACUACUACGCCUUUGACUUUGACUGGGAUUUCCACGUUGUCUCGCUCAACCGACCUGGUGUGACGACGAAGGCGAUGCUUGGGUGGGCCGUGGAGGACGUCGCGGUGCCGCUGAGCGGUGGUGGGCCGAUGGAUGGCGCGAUAGGCGGCGGUGGGCUGCAUCCACCGGGGCCGCAACAGCUGCAGCAAAAUGAUUUGAGCAACGUCGGCGGCGGCGGCGGAGGCGCUGCCGCUGCACGCCGAAAUCGCUCAACCACGCGCUACUCCUUCUGCAUUGAGGACCCGUACGAGGAGAACCUGAACCUUGGACGACACAUGGGCAUCACGAAGACGCUGCGCGUGCAGACGGAGCUCUAUCGCGGGUUGCUGUCGCUGCUGAAGGACGACGUGCACGAGUGCUGCGUCUUUGCCGGGGCAUCGCGGGCAGAGGAGAAGAGGACAGGCGGAGGAGGAGGAGGUGAUGGGACUGGCACAGGGAGAGAUGGCGCUGAGCCCGCGGAGCUGCCCCUGCGCGUGCUGUAUCGACUGAUGGCCAUCGCGACGCGCGAGGUGGCGACGGCAAAGGCAGCCCACUCCGCAAACACCCCCGCCCAUGCUAACAACAAUAAUAAUAAUCAGCCGAUUCGUGACUUUCCGGGCAUUCCGCUGGCGCAGCUGACCGCCGCCUUUGAGGCGCGUGCCCCAGCAGAAUGGGCUGUGGCGUGCAACGCGUGGAACGUACAGCAGCUGCUGCACCGCUUAGGAUUGAAGAUACACGGCGGGACGCACGUGCUACCGCGACGGGAGGUCGGGCUGCGACGACUGGCUUCGCUGGUGCCGACGGGGGUUGUGUUUGCGACUGCGCCGGAGCCCACGGUUGUCGCGGCGGCCUCCGCAUUACCUUCAUCAUCAGCGUCCUCACCUUCCCCCUCCACGGACCCCGCGCCUGCCGCAUCGAUGGGGAGUGAGCCGUCUGCCUUUCCGCAAACCACGGCAGAGCUGGCAGAGAUGAACAACCUUCUUAUGCGUCCGCUACGUGCCCAGCACUUCUCCUCAGACCUGAUGAUGGCCGUCGCCCAAGGCUACGAGUGUUUGACGCCUGCGUGGGUGGCCUGGUCAAAGCCGUGGGCUGCUUUGUCAGCGUGGUGGACCGAUCGGCGGCAGGCGCUGUCUGCUUCCAGCGCCACUGCGAGCAGCAAUGGCGGAAGAAGUAAAGGCCCUUCGAUGUCCUCGCCGAGCGCUGCCGCUGCCGCCGCCUCCCCGCAUCCGCGUGUGUCUGCGCUGCCGGAACAGGCGAUAGGCGCUAUGCAUCAGACCCGCAAGCAGCUACUGCAUAACGGCUGCACGCAAGGUGUGCGGCGGGGCGCGACGACGGGGGCGGCAGCUCUCAGCAGCGGCGUCAGCCGGCGGAACGUCAGCGGUUUUGUAUGGCGGGCACCUGCGCGACCAUUUGCUGCUUCUCCUCCCGCCGCCACUGCUGCUGCUCUUUCUUCCUCUCCCCCGUCUUUUCGUCGUGCAUGGCGCGUGCGCUUGCGCUGA